GGAAAUAUCUGAUCACUAACCACGAAGGCAUUUGUUUUUCAGAGGACUGUGGCUGCUCACUGCAGGUGAGAACAAGAAUGGACAAGCAGUCUCACGGGAAACUGAGGGAGUCUAUUUAAUGAUCUAAAUCUGUCGGUGUUAUCAAAACGAUCCGAGGACAAUAAGCGACGAGUCAAAAAACCAUCUGGCUCCUGUCUGACUGUCAGAGGGGCAGAAACGUUAGCAGCGGUUCAAGACUGGAGACUGUUUUGAGGUUUGAAGCGGGAAGAAAAAAAACGUUUGAAAGAGUGAGACUUUUUGAUUGGAGUGCCAAAGGUGCUGCGUGCGCGUGCCUAUGUGUGCGCGCAGCAGCUGCUCCCUCCCUGAGCUUCCUCUCCGCUCUCAUUCAGCCUCUUUCAGCCUCAUUCAGCCUCAGUCCUCCUCAGUCCUCCUCAGUCCUGCUGCGGCGGACGGACUCUCGGUGCUGCAAGAGCGACAUGUGAGUAGCCGCAGCAUCAACAGCGCACCUCUCUGUGGCUCUGGGACCGGAAAGACCGACUGUCCAGCGCAAAUACCGGCUGCAAGCAUCCAGGAGCAACUUUGUCACAGUCUCCGCUUUGCUGUAGGUGCAGAUCUUCAGUCAGCAUCUUCCUGCUUCUGCAACGUCUUCAGGAUCUCAGCAUCAAACAUGAUCCACACAUGCACGAUCUGAUUGCAUCAGUGUGAUGGACUGAAGAUGCGAAUAGGAACAGGGGGCAAGGAGGGGGAAGGUCUGCUUGAGGUUUACCUUCCUUGAAGGUGAGAAAAUCUAUUAAUGUCUGUUGGUGGAUUAUCAGGUUCAGACAGCCACUCCCUAGAGGAAUGAAACAUAUAUGUUACAUAAGAGCUGCACCGCUGGACCAGCACUGAGCAGCAUCAUGACUCCAGCUGACUCACAGGAUGUGGCUUCAGAAGGGGAAUCAUGAUUUUUACCCACACACUUCAAAAGGACCUGCAGAAUACAAGACAAGAAUGUGUAACCAGAUGGCACAUUUUUCGGUGAGGAUGUCCUGCUUUUUGGAUUUUACUAAUUAUUUUUGUUUGCUUUGCUUUAUAGCUGUCUGUAUAACUGGAUUUCAAUGAGGACCAAGGGAAACCUUUACAGUACGCCUUGCGCUUAAGAGGUAUUGCACUUCUCUGCUGCCUCACCUGCUGUGGUUUUUUCCCUCUCGGAUGCAGCAUGGAUCGUUCCCCGGACCAGCUGUCAGACUGGAGCUCUGGUCAGUCCAGCUUCUCCCCACUGAUGCAGUUUUCCAGCUCUGAGAAAAAACUUAACCACACCUACAGCUUCCACAGCGCUCUAAUGCUGCCAUCUACUCUUAGCUCUCCGACUGCCUCUCUCCAUCAGCCUCUGCCCUCUCCGCUGCCCACCACCCUUGUUCCAUAUUCCUCCCUAUUCUUCCCUUUUGUUGCCACCACCUCCUCCUCCUCCUCCUCAGCCUUUAGGCAACCGUCCACCUCCUCCUUUCCUCUGUCUCUUUCCAACUUUUCUUCUAAUGAUUUGGCAUACCUGGAGAGCAUGCUGCUCUGGACCAUCCAUGAGCCCAGCACCAUUGCUCUGACCGUCAUGUACUGUCUGUCCUUUAUUUUGGGGUUUGCUGGGAAUUUAAUGUCCCUACGAGUCCUAACCAGCAGACGCAGUCGGCGGCUAGCAGGUGUUAGUGCUACACGCAAUCUGCUGGUGAACCUGGCAGUGUGUGACCUGGCUGUGGUGUGCGUGUGCAUGCCCAUCACCCUGGGAAACCAGAUCUACACCGCCUGGGUCUACGGUGACCUCCUAUGUCGAGCUGUGCCCUUCACUCAGGCCAUCUCAGUCUCAGCCAGCGUGCUAACGCUGACAGUGAUCAGCGUGAAUCGUUACUACAGUGUCCGAUCUCCACUGCGAGCUCGCUCCAUGUUUACCCGCCGCCGGAUCUUGGCAACUGUUGCUGUGGUGUGGAUGGUGUCCUCCAUGAUGUGCGCUCCUAUUGCAGUGAUGAACCGGCGGCGAGAGAUCAGCUUUGAAACGUUCACCAUCUUGGUCUGUCAGGAAGCAUGGCCUCAGCACCGCCUCAAACAGGGGUACAAUGUGCUGCUGUUUGUGAUGCUCUACUGUUUGCCAGUGACCUUCAACCUCACCAUUGGAUUCUUGACUGGGAGACGACUUUGGGGAGGGAAGAAAUCCGCUUUUGCUGAUCUUGAUCCUCGCAGCCAAGCUCUUCACGCAUCACGCUUAAAGACGCGUCAGAAGAUCGCCAAGAUGGUGGUGUGUCUGGUGCUUCUGUUCGCAGUGUCCUGGUUGCCACUUUACUUGACUGACCUUUGGAUCGACUGCGAACAGACGCCGUCAUCGUGGCUCCUGCAGGCAAGGCCAUUUGCUCAGUGGCUGGGCCUGACAAACUCCAGCCUUAACCCCAUCUGUUACUGCUUCAUUGGGGAUCUGUACCGCUCAGCGAAGGUCAUACGGACGCGAUACUACGAGAAAGUUGCUUCUCUCUUCAGCACCUCCUCAUUCACCAAUUCAGCUGCAGUGGUGUCUCCUGCUGCAGUGAUUACAGACACCAAAGUCCUUUCUGCUGAGCGCCACCAUAUUGCAGCUGCUGUGGCGGCGUCUGCAUCCAUGGUUACGAUCCCCAGGCUGCUGGGCUUGGCUCGAGGCCAGGGACUAGGGCAGAAGGUCGGAGAUAGUUCAGACAGCCGGGCAGGAUCGGACCACAGUAUCUCAGACUGGUGUCAGUCCAGUCCCAGUGUGUGUGAUAGCUCCUUGUUCCCCUGCCAGCUAAACAAAUUCCAGCGCUCCAUACAUGGAGAAGAUUUCCUGCCAACGAGAAGACACUCUGUGAUCGCUGGAUCAUUACCUUUAGGAAUCGAGCCCUUGGAAGUAGACGUGCUACCUCCGAGGAGGCAUUCAGGCGACAGAAUAUAUAGCCUGUCAGCUGAUAAGAGAGAAAUCAUUACCACGAGCAGAGACACGUUCUGUUACACUGGGCAUUGCAGAGGCAAAAUUUCACAAACCUACUCUCUGGUGGGGGACACGGAGGAUGAAACAACCGACACCACCAGUCUAUGAAAACCGCAGAUUGUCUGAUAUAUCAGAAGGGAGGAUUUUUUUCUUUUUGUCCUGCAGGCAGCACAAACGCACACAGCUAAAGACUCACAGUUUGCCACAGACAGCGUGGAUUUAUUACUUGUAAAAGCCAUUGUUUGUCUUGAGGAUAAACCAGCCUGGUCUAUACUUUCCUUAUCUGUAUGUGUAGUAGGCUCUCUUUAUUAGUUUAAGCACAAGGCAUCCUGGUGGACUGUUUGCACCGAUGAGUUCAGGUUUCGGAUGGCAGGCGGAGGGAGCAUUGAUGGAAUGAACACUGCAAGGGAACAGUUAGAGGGUUAUUUAGCUCCGGGCUAGAAAGACAGUUAUCACUAAGAAGGAUGGAUUGCAUCAGUGUGCCAAUACAUGCAAAUCAUAUCACGGUCACAGCUGUUUUGAUCAUCUGCUGAAGACAGUAUCCCAGCAGGGCGUAGUGUGUGAUGAUUUUUUUUGUGUAAAUCUUUUUUUUUUUUUAAUUUCUCAAUGCAUUGCUAAUGUUUCUGAUUGUAUUUGUUGCACAUAGUAAAGGUCAAACCCUUUGUUGCAAUGCAAUGCAAUGCAAUGCAAUGCGUGAACAUAAAAACUGUCUAACAGGUUUUCACAUAUUGCCAUGAAUGUCUGCUUUGCAAUUUGCAAAAAGAUUUAAAGCAUAAAUGUAUAUAAUCUUUCUGCAUAUAUAUUAUAUUAAUAUAAAUCAGUGCUUUAUUCUACCAGAGUUUAAAGACAAGCAGCUGACCUGAGUGGGCAAGGAACAGAGAUGUAUGACAGCCUUUCUAUUCAAGAUGACUCUCAGAGCCCCUUUAUAUACAGUAUCUACAGGAAAAUAGGCCCUGAGAAAGCAGAUCCAUAUACAGUACAUCCCCACCCACAGACGCGGGUCUCUUUUAGUUAAGACAUAAACUUAGUUUCUGAAUCAAUUUCUUCUUCAGUUUUCAUCCAUGUUGAAUGUGAAACUGAAAAGAUAACGAUUCAUCAGGAAUAAACCCUUUAUAUUUUUUACAUUUACACAUGGUCAGUAAGUUUGCCUUGAUGUGUAACAACAAAAAAGAGAUUUGUUAGUUUCUUCUUUGAAUAUGUAAAUAGCUUAACUUCACUCUAAAAGUCAAGCUUUAAGUGUGCAAAGUUAUAUGGGCAGCGUGAGUGGAAAGUUCAAACUUGGAUUGGUUUAAAGUUGCAUGAAUGCUGGUCAGUAAAUACCAGUAUCAUCUGCAUAGAAGUGAACAUUUACAUCAGGUGAAUUUAUUUAAGUACACAACUAUGCUUUGAGUUUUGUUCCUGGGGUACACCAUUUGAUGCUGUACAGAAGUGCGACUGCUGACAUGUAUGCAUGGCACUCAUUCUGACAGAUAGCUGACAAACCAACAAAGUGACAUUUCACUAAUUAUUAUGCAAUCAGCAAUAUGAAGGGAUUUGGAAAUACCACAGAUGUUGUUAUGCUACUAUUUGAUCUGCUUGAAAUCUGCUUUGAGGACAUGUUUCACACAUGCGGAAGAGACUGGCAUUUAUGUGAAUGUGUACUGCUGGUGCACAUGCUCAUCCCUGACUUGUAAGUCUGUGGUGUUUCUGUGAAGCCCAACAUUUGUGUGCAGCAACUACAUUACCAGGGCAGUUGUGUGCAAAACGUAAUGAAGUGUUUGGACAGAUCCUUGCAUCCACUCGCUGAUGAAAGAAUCUCUUGGACACCAGCAGAUCCCUGUUCCACACUCACAGAUGCAGAUACUCUUCUUUCGGUCGAAUAGUUACUCCUCUAACAACAACAGCAAAAAGACUACACAACAGGUAAGUGAUGGUGAUGUGGAGACUGGCGAGUUAAACUGGAAUAGGUGUUUGAAUAAAACAGAAAAGAAGGAGUGCUCAUUGAAAAGUUGAGAAAUCAAAUUUUCAGAUUUUUCUUUAUAGAAUUUGUUGAAUUUCUGCAUAUUUUAUAAGUAAAAUGCUUUGCUUUAGUCUUUAUCGCAAAUGUGGAUCUAUUGUGUGACUUCAUAAAAUGCAUUUUAAUUAUGUGAAAUCUGUUACACAGAAGCUGUCAAACAGUUCACAGCUGCAGGGAAUGUGAGAUAUGCUCUAUAUGAAGCAGAAAAUGAAACAUUCACUCAGUAGUUUCAUCACCCUGUGGAACUUAUCUUGCAACUUGUCAGAUAAUUGCAAGAGAACGUAUAUAUAAAAGUUAGACAAGGUCAUUUAAACUAAACCAUCAAAAGCAAAACUUUUAAAGCCAGCUCAUGCAAAUCACUCACAAAAAACUGAUUUUUCUGUAAGUCUAAAGGAAAGAUGGUGUUUACAAUUUUGUCCUCCAAACAGCUCAGAGAAAUCAGUGUUGACAACCACAGUAUGUGAGUCACUAAAAUAAUUGAACUCCAUCAGCUAUUUUUUCUCCACUGUUUCUUCAGUGGAAAGUAGUUUGAAUAGAGAUGAAAAUGAAACUUGAUUCACCUCAGACAUAUUGUAGUAGUGGCAGAAAUCUCUAAGGGAUAUCUUAAACUGUUUAAUCUCAAACAAUCUGUAUACUAAGAUACCACUUAUGGCAACAGAGGACAUGUGUUUUUGCAGUUUGGAUGUCGUGGCACAAUAACUGUACAGUGAGCAGCUACAGCAGAAUAUGAGAGCAUAUGAGUAUUUGACAACAGGAGUGUUUUGGACCAACCAGAGGUACGGCCUGUUUAACCAGCACAAGCCUUUUUGAAUAAAACACUGAAGCAGUUUGCCAAAAUAGCUUCAAGCUAUUAGUUUUUUUAAAAAGUCAAAACAAAUAAAACACGCAAAUAUAAACACAGUGACACACAACCAGGUACACACAACAAAACUGAAUCUACCCUCUGGCAGCAUCCACUUAUGUGUAAGACAGAGGCAGUGAAUUGCACGAACUGCUGCGACAUCAAGCUGCUAAUCACGCUGUUGUCCUCGCAGCAAAAAUGAAGUGGCACAACACUCAAAGCAUGACAAUGUGUUGAAAGUGUCCUAUUUAUGUCACUAGAUGAGGUUGCUUGUACCUUCAAAAGUUUUAAUGCCAUUAUGCUGUGACAGAGUGUUUCCAAGUCUCCUCGCUUUACUUUUAUCUACCUCCGUCUGUCUGCUUCAGUUUUGCACUGUGUUAUUGGAGGGCAUGUGUGCUAAAUGAUGUGCAUUUGGUGUUUCAUUAAAAAAAGGAAAAGAG